AUGGAUUCUGAGCCACCCAGCAACCCGUACGCACCCCAACUGGCCACCGCGUCACUUCGCCUCAAGCUGGCACUGAAGAGGGCACAGGAGAGACGCAGACCUCUGGCUCGGCGCAGGCUGUGGGUCAGCGACGUGCUGCAGCGCCGCGACGAGCUGGGCGAGUACGCCAAUUUAGUGCAGGAGCUUCGGCUCAACGACCCCCAGCGACACCUCCAAUACUUCAGACUCAACAAGGGGGCCUUCGAUCUGCUCCAAGCACGGAUUGAAGACGAAAUCACCCGGUCGACCACCACCUCCCGCCAGCCGGUCAGUGCACCGCAGCGCCUGGCGGUGACGCUCCGCUACCUGGCGUCGGGAGAGGAGUUCUCCGCUCUGGCGCCGAGCUACCGGCUCGGAGAGUCGACCACGCGCGCGGCGGUGUACACCUGUCGCGCCAUCGCACAUGAGCGGGAGUUCCGGGAGUGGUGGCAGUUCCCCAACUGUGUUGCUGCCAUCGACGGCAAGCACGUGACGAUUCGUGCGCCUCCCAACUCUGGUAGCGAGUAUUUCAACUACAAGCACCAGUUUUCGGUGGUGCUGAUGACCGCCGUGGACGCCAUGUAUAACUUUGCGUUUGUCGCGGUAGGGAGUGCGGGGAGGGAGAGUGACGGCUUCCGGAGCCUCCGACUGGCGCAGCGACUGGCGGACGGGAGCCUCGGGCUGCCACAGCCUUCCCCACUACCGGGCGGCCGAGAGGCGCUUCCGCACGUGCUCGUCGGAGACGAAGUGUUCCCCCUCCUGCCCAACCUGAUGCGGCCUUAUCCGGGACGAAGGGAAGGGCAGAUGGGCGACCGCGGCCGCGUCUUCAACUAUCGCCUAUCCCGCGCGCGCCGUGUCUCCGAAAAUGCCUUCAGAAUCUUGGCCCAGACGUGGAGGCUGCUCCUCCAUCCGCUGAACGUGGACCCAGAGCACGUCAAGCUGCUCGUUAUGACGGUCGUCAUCCUCCACAACUUCCGACGCAGCGAAGAUGCGAAGCGCGUUGAGAUGACGACCGAAAACGCCCCUGACGCAGUCGCACCGACCUCCGGGGCACACGAUGUGCCAGCUCUGGCGAGAAUGCCAAGCAGCAGCUCCCACAACCAUACCAGGGCAGCAGAGCAAGUACGCGAAACGUUCUGCCACUACUUUAGUUCCGAGGGCGCUGUUCCGUGGCAGGUCGGCCUUUAA